AUGGUUGAAGCAAAGAAGGUACACGAUGAGUUGGGGUCUAAAGGCUAUAAUCCAAAUAUGACUGCUUUCAGGACGUUGGUGUUUCAUUUGUGCGAGCAAGGACGAUAUGUGAUAGGGUAUAAGGUGUUUAAAGAGAGUGUGAAGUUGUGCAAGAUUCCGGAUUUUAAUACUUUGAAGUAUUUAGUAGAAGGGCUGGCCAUGAAUGGACGUACAAACGAGGUGAAAGCAAUGAUUCGAACUAUGAAUAAGAAGUUUCCUCCUAAUUUGCUAAACGCUUGGGGGAAGCUUGUGGAGGAUCUGGGCUUGGCUCCUAUUGACACUAACAGUACCUGA